GGUGCAUAUCCACCUCACUGUGGGAUGGAAGAUAUACUGUGUAUGGAUAUAUAUAUAUACACUGGACAGGGAAAUGAAUAAUGAGGAGAAGGAUCUGCGACGCUGACAGGGUGAAGAAGGGGGAGGUGGGAAUGGUGGAGGCGGAGGGAAAAGAGCCCUGGUUUGCCUCUAACGCUGACGAAAGCAGCUUAGCCCUCCCAGUUACCAUAGAGACCGUCAUGAGCAGCUGCCAGAGAAAGAGAGCGAGAGAAAAGAACACCAACAGGCGAAAGCAGGAGGCAGAACCACAGAGAGAGAGAGAGUCGGAGUGACGGAGUAAAGGAUAAUAAAAGGAGUUAGAAAGAAUACUGAAGCAGACAUAAUGGAAAUACAGAUCAGUUGCAGUGAACCGCCUUCGUGCGACCCACAGCCAUCCGGAAAGAUCAACAAAGCUGCCUUCAAACUGUUCGGCAAGCGCAGGUCCGGCAGCGGUAUGCCGAGCAUCUUCUCCAUCAGGAACAAAGGGGACGCAACUGACAAGGAGCUCGUUAGAAGCAAAACCCACGAUGGCUUAACGACAACAGAUGAGCUGUCCGAGUUGGAGGGCCACGGGAAAGAAGAGUCAGCCAGCAGUGACCAUCUGAACAGUGCCGCUGCUGCUCCUGUGUGUAAUGCCAUCACCAAAUCUUUCAGCUUCUUCUCCUUGCUGCGGCGCAACAGCUCUCGCAUGGGUGACAGGGCGGCUACGCUGGGGCAACGAGGACGUGGGCUGAAGGGGCUGUUCAACAGCAUACGCUGGCGCCGUAAACCUCCAUCGCGUGACGAUUCGAUCGAAAUCCAGGACAUUGUCAAAGAAACAAAAGGAGUCGAUUUGAUCUUGUCCUGCAGUUCCAAAAACGUGGACGUAGAAAACGUGACGCUUACGCGGGAGCCCCCGAUACAAAUAUUACAAGACAAUGCUGAGACAUGGAAGAAACCCUCUUUGCAGGAUAGUAAUGAGGAAUGCGUGAAGAGUUCACCUGUUCUGGUGCAACCAGUUGCUGAGGAGUCUCCAGCUCCGUCUCCGCUCACUGUUCAGACACAGGAACCUCUCAGAGCCAAACAUGGCAGUCCAGUCCAUCUUGCUUCCAUGACACCUCCGCAGGAUCACAGCUCGGUCGACCCACCAUCUGAGGAUCGCCUGUGCUCCAUGUUCACUGACGUCACUUCGCUCAAAAGCUUUGAUUCAUUAACCGGUUGCGGAGACAUCAUCGCUGAUCCAGAAGAGGACUCUGGGAACGGAGGCAGUGUCACCAGCAGUGGAACAGGAAGCAGCAAUGGGGGGCUCCAAGUAAGCGCUGAGAGAUGUUCCCCGGCUAAACCUCCUCUUCCUCCACAAGUGACUGGUCUAAUGUCAAUGUCCGCGUACACGCCGUCCCGUCAUCGAGUUUGUCCACCGACUAAAACUCCACAAGGCAGCGGGAUAGUGGCCUACAUGGGUGGUGGAGAGGAAAUGGCCAGUCCGGAAGGUGUAGAUGAUGCGGAUAUGCAAGGACUUUGGCACAUGCUCCCUCAGAAAGGGGAGGAUUCCCCAGCUCUACCUCACCUGCCAACUCGGCAGGACAAACGACUUCCUCAGGUAAAAAGUCUGGGGCUUAGUAAGAUUCCUGUGAGUGGAAGCAGCAGAGCAGGCAAACAACAACAGCAGCAGCUGAAUCGCCCUUCUCCUCCACCCAUUGAUAAAGAUCUCCAGGACAUCCCACCCAGUGACGAGGGCUACUGGGACUCUCCGACACCCGGACCAGAGGAUGAGGACAGCGGCUUCCUGCAGCGCGACGGCCUACCGAGGGAUAGCUGCUCAGGAGAUGCGCUUUAUGACCUCUACGACCUCGACAGUCCUGGCACUGUCGGCUCAGAUGACGAUGACACGAUUUCACCUACACCUUCUACGGGUGACCUGAAUAUGACUCCGCCUUCUCAGAAACCAUCUUGUUCUUCCUUCCGUUCCAUUAAGGGCAGCACAAGUCUUCCACGAGAGUCUAAGAUUCCCAUCAGCGUGAGGCAAAAGCCGCCUUCUCACUCUUCCAGCCAAGGGGCGUUGUCCUCUCCAGUCAGCCCGACCUCGAACAACCCUUCAGACCCUUCGUCAAAGACUAACACGCCACCUCGCACUCGUAUUCCUGUCUCCAAGGUUCCAGUCCGCUCCUCAGGCAACAAAAACGCAAAGGUGACACAAAACAGGAAGUAGAACUCAUCAAAAUUUACGUUUCAAGCCAAAAUGACUGUAUUUUGAUACAACUAACAAUUCCCACAGUCCACCGAGGACAUUGCACCUUGAAUUUUUUUCUGCACUGAUGUAUUGUAACAUGCCACAUAUUACACAUAACAUAAUUAGUGCAUAUGUAGAAAAGAUAUGUAAAACGAUCACACAACUUCACUACCUAACUUGUGCAAAGAAAGCGAUGAAUUUAAGAAUGUUUUGUAAAAAACCUUUCAUCUGUACGUGUCCCACUGGAGAUACUCUUCUUCCUGAACCAGCAAGAAAUGAGAGCAAAGAGUCUUUGGCUCUACUUCACAAAAAAAACAAAACAAAAACAAAACAACCCUCGUGGAAACACAGCUGCAAACACCGUCUCUCUGGGAAUUACAAGAAAAUAGCCACUUCAAAUACCCCGAAACCAAACUCCUCAAUCAGGAUCAGGGAACGCAAUCUUCGUUUGAGAUGCUCCUUUUUUUUACCAAUUGAAACAACUUCCUAAAUCGUCUUUUUUAUACAAUGAGUUCUUCCUGACGUCUUUCAUACUCUUUUUCUAUAAGAAAAGCUUCACUGUGGACGCUAAUUAUUCUGGGAUUUUAAACCUCUUGCAAAAAAUGUAGGACAUAUUAAAACAAAAACAAACGAAAAAAAGGGUCCCGAGUGCUGCCAUGCUAACGGUGGCUUCCACAUCACUUUGAUUUUAAUUACUACGCUGGAGAUCUGAAUGUAGCACGCCAUCACAAAAACAUCCAUACGCUCUACAUGCUCAUGAAGGAGAGAGAGAGGAAGACAAGCCUGGGGGGUCAAAGGUCAACCGUCUGUCUUGCCGUCCUCAGGGACACCGUAGUCUCUCGUCGUUCUGGAUUUUUUUUUUCAAAGGAGCGUUACGGUCCAAACAAACAUUAGCACAAUAACGUCACCGUCAAUACUGAAUGUUUUUGUACUGUUAUUUUUAGAGUCACUACUGAGAAUGGUUUGUUUUAGUCGUAACAACUUUCCUGUUAUUGUUUUUUUCUCUUCUUUUUCUUAUUCUGUUUCACUAAUUUAUGAAUAAAACACGCUGUGAGUACGAUGA